AUGAGCUCCCAAGCAGACUCACGAGAAAAUGAGUCUCAGAUUAAUAAAACUACUGAGUCUCAAACGAUGAGCGUUCCUUCUAGUGGUGCCGGAGGGAAAACGAACGUUUCUGUCGAAAAGCAACCAUCUACUGAACCCGAACACUCUAAUAUGAAUUCGCAAAGUGAAGGGAUUAAGGAAGUUCAUGUACAAGGUACUGAUGGAGCGAAUGAAUCUCUAAAAGUGCCUGAGUCCAUGAAAGCUCCGGUAUCUGAUGAGAACGCUAAAGAAGAGCUUCAAGCCACAAAGCCGGUGAAGGAUGGAAUAGCGAAAAGCAAGUACGACAGGGACUUAUUGUUAGAAAAAAAUGACCGCCUUGUCAGUUUUUGCAAGAAGUAUAUCCCUGGGUUGAAAUCAGAGCAAAUUGAUCUUGGAUUAAGGUGGAAAGAAAUCUUUAUUCAAUAUUCUUCUGAUUCACGCUUGGUUUUUUUGACUGGUUUUUUAUCGUUUUUAUUCGGCUAUCUUCGAUUUGGGUUUUUAAGUCUAUUCGUUGUUAUGACUAUUUGCAUUCAGUAUCAUAGGAUUAGUACUCGUCGUGUACGUAUGAGCUUUCGUGAUGAUUACACCAGAUAUCUUGCUGUACGAAGAUUGGAAAGUAACCCAGAGAGUGUAUCAUGGUUAAAUGCUUUCUUGCAACAAUUCUGGUACAUUUUUGAGCCUACUUUGAGCAGUACAGUCAUUGAAAUUGCCGAUCAAGUUUUGUCCGAAAACGUCCCUAAUUUCCUUGAUUCAAUGGUUUUAUCGACUUUUACUCUUGGUACAAAAUCUCCUCGUAUUGAGUACGUUCGCUCCUACCCAAAGACUGAAGAAGAUGUAAUAAUGAUGGAUUGGAAGGUUUCAUUCGUUCCUGAGGAUUUGAGUGAUUUAACUGGCCGUGAAAUUGCUUCCCGAGUCAAUCCAAAAAUCGCUUUGGAUAUAAAAAUUGGUAAGAGUGUUGCUAGUGCAAAAAUGCCUGUUCUCGUCGAAAAUAUCUCUUUUUCUGGACAUCUUCGCGUAAAGGUUAAACUUAUUGAUGAAUUUCCUCAUGCAAAGACUGUGGGAAUUACCUUCGUAGAGAAGCCUGCUUUCUCUUAUGUACUUAAACCUAUUGGAGGUGAUAAGCUAGGAUUUGACAUCAACAAUAUUCCAGGACUCACUUCUUUUAUCAACGAUCAAGUUCACGAUAAUUUAGGACCCAUGAUGUAUAGUCCUAAUGUAUUCGAAUUGGAUAUUCAGUCAAUGGUAGGUUCUUCUAAUCUCAAAGUUGCCAUUGGUGCUGUUGAAAUUCGUCUAAGGCGAUGUGAAUCACUAAAGGGUGAUGUUCUCGGUUCCAUUGAUCCAUAUGUUGUAAUUAAAAACUCCUUUGGAAAGAAAAUUGGCAUCUCUAAAACUGUUCAGAACACUACUUCCCCGACUUUUAAUGAAACGUUUUAUGCUAUUAUCAACUCAUUUGCUGAGAACUUAAUUCUUGAAGUUUACGACUUUAACGACCUUCGCAAGGAUAAAUUGAUUGGUACUGCUACAGUUGCUCUUUCAGUUUUGGAAGCCAUGCCUGCUUUUAAUGAUGUUAAAGCUCCUAUCACUUUGAGUAAUAAAGAGCGAGGAACAUUAAUCUUUGAUUCCAAGUUCUAUCCCACGAUUGAUGUCGGAGAAGAAGAUUCUGCAAAAAUUGAAGGACCUGGUAUUGUGCAAUUCACUGCUCAUCAAUGUAAGGAUCUAAGUAAGGACCCUUCAAAGCGUCACACUGCAUAUGCCAAUUUAGUCAUUAAUGAUAAAAUUAUGCAUACUACUCGCAAAAUUAAGAAAAAUAACAACCCUUCAUGGGAAGAGUUCUGCGGUACCGUUGUUCCUAAGGGUGAAAAGGGGAUGGUUGGUAUUCAGGUAUUUACCGACGAAAACAGUCGUCCUGCUGGUACUGUUAAUAUGAGUCUUCAAGAAUUGGUAACUGCUACUCAGAAGGGCUUAGGCUGGUUCCAGUUCCCAACCGCUACUGGUGGACGAGUUCGAUUAUCAGCCACAUGGAAGCCUGUCGAAUUGUCUGUUGGUGACCCUGGUUCCCUUGCUGUUGCUGUUCCUAUUGGUGUUAUGCGUAUUCACAUUAAUUCAUGCAGUAGUUUGCAUUCGAAACUCCCCGGUAAAAAGUGCGAUGCUUAUGUCCGUGCUCUUUCAUACAGCAUGGAACAAGGUCGAACAGUGGUAAUAAAGGAUAGCUUGAAUCCUUCCUGGGAUGAACAUGUUUAUGUUCCCGUCAUGACGAAGCAUGACACUUGUCAGCUUCAAGUUAUGCAAUAUGAAUCCCAUGGUGAUGAUACCGUUAUUGGUACCCUCUCUGUUCCCGUGUCCAAAUUCGUUCACCAAAGUGAAAACGGUACAUUCCUUGAAUACCAUGAACCUAGUGAGCUUACCAAUAAUUUGAUUUCGUCACGCGGUGUACAAGGCAAAUCCACCAUUAAAUAUCGAUAUGACUUUUAUCCUUUGGCUUCUGUUCCCGGAUUAGCACCUAAAGAACCUUCAUCAGUCAUAACCCCACCUGCAGUCGAUGCUGGCGAAGAAACUUCGGGCGUUCAACCUGAGGCUGAAAAGGAUUCUCUUGCAAAGAAACAACCUACCCUGCCUUCUCAACUUUUAUCGCCUCCUGAAGUCACCAACGAAUGUCUAAAGUAUGAGUCUGGCUUUAUGUCUUGGGAUGUAAUUUCAAGCCAGCUCUCAGGUAAAUACAAACUGGCAAUUUUCCUUGAUGAUCUUCCUCACCACGUUUAUAUGUCCCCUGUUCUUAAUGGUCCCAAUGGCAAUGGUAUCCAUGAAUUUGGUCGCACAUUUAUCAGACAGCUUCAAUUUUCCCAAUGCUCUUUCAAACUUUUAGACGGUACAAAGGUUGUCAGCUCUCAAAUUUGUUCUACCAAAAAGUUGAUAACCGAGGGUUCUUCCAAGCUUUUCAGAUUAAGUUUUGACAAAGGUGGUUCGUUCUUAAUAGCUUUCCGGUUUACACCGGUGGUUUUAAAAUUGGACGAAAAGGAAAAGUAUGAAAAUAUGGGUAAAAUGACGGUAGACGUACUUAAUGCUACCGAUCUCGCUAGCGCUGAUUCCAAUGGAAAGUCCGAUCCUUUUGUUAUAUUUGAGCUCCAAGACGAGGAAGUGUUCCGUACGAAGAUUAUUAAGAAAAACCUUAAUCCUGUUUUCAAUGAAGGAUUUGAGGUUGAGCUUCCCUGCAAACAAACAAGUAAAUUUGUUGCUAGAGUUUUUGAUAGUGACUUUGGAAACCAAAAUGAUCCUUUAGGAAGCUGUGUUAUUGAUUUGUAUAAGCUUCAGCAACAUGAAUAUACUAGCUUUGAGUUGCCUCUUGACAGUAAUCAAGGAACCUUAAACUUGAGAAUUCACCUUGAACCUCGAUGGGUCUUACGUUCCAAACGUGCAGGCAACUCUUCUUUCGCUGAGGAUUUAUUGGGACAAACAGCUCAAUUAAUGGCUAUGCCAUUAGAGGGUAUAUCUUCUCUUGGAGAAGCUGCUUUUGGUGGAAUCAAUGCUGCAGUUGACGGAGUUACAUCUGUCGCCAAUUUAACUAACAAAAUGCGCAAAGGAUUCUCCCGUGGCCUUAAGAAAGACAAGUAA